AUGGCCAACUCCAAGACCGUCGUCAUUACCGGCGCAACCCGUGGCAUCGGCUACGAGACGGCCAGGGCCUUUCUUGAAUCCCCCAACUCCUACCAUGUCUUCCUCGGCGCCCGAUCCCUCUCCAGUGGCAACAAUGCUGUCGCUCAGCUGAGGCAAGACUUCCCGUCCUCCGCUAGCACCGUCGAGGUGCUGCUGAUUGACGUCGAGUCGGACCAGUCCAUCGAAAACGCCGUCGAGACCGUCAAGACCAGCCGCGGCACCGUUGACAUUCUCAUCAACAAUGCAGGUGCCGCCUUUGACUGGGACGCCGCCGACGGCAAGACCUCGCUGCGCGCCUCCUUCACGCGCGCCUACGACAUCAACGUGUCCGGCGCGCACGUCACCACCUUUCACUUUAUUCCCCUCCUCCUCGCCUCCCCCUCCCGCGACCCCCGCAUCUUGUUCCUCGCCGGGCUGUCCCACCUCACCCUCGCCGCCGCCGAGGACAUGUUCCCCUCUGGGCCCGUCGCCGCCGGUUGGCCCAAGACGGUCGCCUUCGAGACGGUCGGGUACCGCUGCUCCAAGACGGCGCUGAGCAUGCUGAUGCUCGACUGGCGCUGGAAGCUGCGCGAGGACGGCGUGCGCGUCUUCAGCGUCAGCCCGGGCUUCUGCGUCACGGGGCUGGGGAACAAGGGCGAGGCGGCGAUGGAAGAGAUGGGCGCGGCGAGGACGGCGCGGCAGGGCGCGCGGACGGUGCUGGCGGUCGCGGAGGGACGCAGGGAUGCGGAUAUCGGAAGGAUCAUUGACGAGGAUGGUGUGGUUCCGUGGUGA